AUGUUUGUGAUGCCGUGGAGCUGCGAAGGCCACGAGAUCUUUGAGAUAGGGACGCCGGUGUCCUUCUGCAUCGUCCAAGACCGGAAGACGAGCCGACUUCGAGCCGAUGAUGUGGCCAAGCUGUCUGCUAGCAAGGCUCCAGCAGCCGAGUCUUGGAGGCGCCCUUCUGAGCCCAGCCAUCCACCACCCUCGCAGCAGCUGGAUGAGCAGCAAGGGCACUUGCUGACGGAUAUGGGAAAGUUCGGGUUCAUCCAACCAGAUGAUGGCAAUGGCGAUGUGUUCGUUUUGCCGUCCCUGUUCCCCGACGGCGUGCUGCCGGCAGAGGGGACGCGACUGGCCUUCAAGGCGCGAUACGACUCGGCUCGGCAGACUGGGCGGCCACGGUGCACCGAAGUUCGCAUCCUCCAGGAGGCUAGCACUCGGAAUUCUCACUCGGCCACCACAUCGUCGACACCCUGGCGAACUAGGAAGUGGGAAGCUCAUGAGAGUGAGCCCACAGCGCCUUCCAAGCGAGAGGCCUGCGCAACGAUGUGGCGGCAGUUCUGUGAUGCCGAGGGCGGCGGGGUUUAUGACCCCGAGGAGCACGGUGCUCCGUUCCUCAGGCAGUUCGUGAAGAGACUGCUCCUUCCCGAGAAUGGGUCGCAUCAACCUCCCUCGAAGCUGCGCAGAACGACCUAG